UGGUUUUGCAAUGGUUUUUCUGGCAAAAGCCAAUACAGGCAAUGCCAAAUACGCUCUCAAGCGUAUGUAUGUUAACAAUGAACAUGAUCUGAAUGUGGCUAAAAGAGAAAUACAAAUAGCGAGUAAUUUAAGUGGUCAUAAAAAUAUUAUUGGUUAUGUCGAUUCGAGUAUAACACCAACUGGUAAUGGUGUUUGUGAGGUUUUACUACUAAUGCCAUACUGUAAACAUCAUAUGCUGGCCAUGAUGAAUGCACGUUUACAAGUUGGUUUUAAUGAACAAGAAGUCAUGACAAUAUUCUGUGAUAUUGCUGAAGCUGUUUCUCGGCUGCACUACUGUCAAACACCCAUUAUACAUCGUGAUUUGAAAGUGGAAAACAUUUUGCAAAACGAUGCAGGCAAUUUUGUAUUAUGUGAUUUUGGUUCGGCUACUGCUAAAAUACUAAAUCCUCAACAGCAUGGUGUUACUGUGGUUGAAGAAGAAAUUCAAAAAUAUACCACACUCUCCUAUAGAGCACCAGAAAUGGUAGAUCUUUACGGGGGUAAAAGUAUUACCACAAAGGCGGAUAUUUGGGCUUUAGGUUGUUUGCUUUACAAAUUGUGUUUUUUCAAUUUACCCUUCGGCGAAAGUACUCUGGCAAUACAAAAUGGUACCUUUUCCAUACCUGACAAUUCUAAAUAUUCCAAAGGAAUGCAUCAACUUAUAAAAUUUAUGCUAGAACCCGAUGCAGAUAAGCGUCCAAAUAUAUGGCAAGUGUGUGAAGUAGCAUUUCGUUUAGCUGGCAAAGAUAAUCCUGUACAAAAUUUGCAUAAAUCGCCUCCAGUAAAUUUUGAUCAAUUAGCUGUGCCUCCUUUUGAGUCAGAAGCCAAGCGUAUAUUAUCGGCAGCAGCUGCUGCUGCCAAAGCCGCCAAACCUCAGACAGUAGGCAUAGUUGAGUCUGGCACAAGUGUAGCCCCGCGUCAGAGGCCAAAGGGUUCGUCUGCCGCUAUUCCUCAAAAAUCCUUGGGCUUGGGUUUACCUCCUAGUCCUUUACCCCGUAACAAUAUUACAUCGCCACAGCCACAACAACCCGUAGUCGAACAAUUCCAAGCUAUUUUUCCCGCUAUAACGCCCACAAUACCACCACCACCACCACCCGCUCAAGCCACAACAAAUACAGUUCAGCCACAAACUCAAACCGAAGCAACCACAGAUGUCCCUAGCACUACUACUGCUGCUGUUGCUGCAUUAAAACAAACAAAGAAUACUGCUGCUCCGGAGAUCUUAAAUAGUCUAUUUGAGUCAUCCGUUUAUCCAGAUCCUUUUAGUGAAGCUUCUCCCACACCCCAACUACAAACUGCCGAAACUGCUGGCACAACUGAGGAAGUGCUUAAAAGCACUGUAACUGACAUUACAUCUUUAGAUUCUACGACCAUAACAACAGCAACCGCUACUACAACUAUUGCUGCGGUAGGCGUUGGUAGUAAUGGUAGUGGUGGAGACAAUACAAUUGCUCAGUUGCUUUCGCCACCAAAAUCCACACACAUUAGCAAUGCUUCCGGCCAUCGUCGUAAUGUUAGUGACACAUCUGCUUUCAACAAAACCUUUGCCAAUGAGACCUCACAAUUUCUAGCACCUUAUGAUCAAUCUGUUAAAAGCCGAAGUGGUAAUUCAUCUACUGGCAGUGGGGGUGCUGGUGAUACUGGCUUAACAAGCAAUAAUUAUGGUGGCUCUAAUCCCGGUUUAUUUGCACCACCUGCCACGCAAUCUUCGGUGUCAAAUGCCGAACUGACAACAACACAAACAUCACAAAUGAGUCGUGCCUCUAUGGGUAUUGGUAUGGGUGACACUAUAGCAGCACGUGUUGAUACUUGGAAUCCAUUUGAGGAGCAACCUUUUGGUCAAAUGACUGAGGAUCAUAUAUUUGAGGCAGAGUUUGAUAAAAUACGUCAAAGAGGCAGUCAAGGAAGCAUAACCGCAAAAUCUGCAUCGACUACUUCGACCCUAACGCCAACUGAAACAAAUUAUAUGGCUGCUACACCUGGUUCUGUCAAUUCCAAUACUUCACAAACGGCUUCAACAACUCUACCGCCACCUAACACAGCAGCAGUUAAUGCCGCCGCAAUAGCUCCAUCAAUACCUGAGGAUCCCUUCGGUUCCGCACCAUUUAGUUUGCCCCCCGGCUUAAGGGAAAAAGCCGCAUCUUUACGCAAAACUGGAGCUAAAUACUUUAUGGGUAACAACAACAACAGCAGCAGCAUUACAACAAAUACAACAGCUACAAUAAAUCCCAACAGUUUGGUGGGUGCUGCCUAUUGUGGUGGUGGUACUACCUCAUCAACUUCCUCCAAAUGGCUUUUGUCACCCACACUAGAGGUAUCAAGCGAAGAAAAGACUUCGCUUAUAAAUAAUCUUAAAACCGAUUCCGAAGGCGGUUGUGUUGGCGAUGGUGGCAGUGGUUUACUACAAGAUCAAGAUGAUGCUUUAGUUAGUUUGAGUGGAGCCUCGGUGGCAUUAGCUUCGGGAGGUUUUGUUAAACUUCCACUGGAAGAUCGUAAUAAAUAUGAAAAAUUGCGCAGUAAUGAUCAGCCCACAUCAGACGAUUCGGAUUCGGAAUUUUUUCAGGAGGAUUACAGUGCCGGUAUAACCACCUCCAAAAAGGCCAUCUUUAAACAAAUUGUAACCAAUAAUAUACCAGAUACUAUACACAAAAUACAACAGGCAGCCUAUCACAAAGUGGACAAGACACAAAUUAAAGUACCGAUUGUUAAGAAACUAAGAGAAAAAACCACUACCAAAAGACCCUCUUCGGCGGCUCAGCAAGUGGCGCAGCAAGUAAAUGCUGCUUUAGAGAAACACGAGAAGCAACAACAACAGGCAGCAGAAAUAGCAGCGGCUGUUGCAGCCGCCGAUGAGGCUAACAAAGACAAUGAAGAUGCUGAUUCCAUAGGCUCAGCAUCUGAUCUACGAGCUGAAGAUGACGAUUACUUUGAUGAGAAUCAAAUGAACAGUGUAUUAAGAAGCAAUGCAAAAUUAAAACGUCCCGAUAUGGAUGGCAUAAGUGAGAGUGUAAAAACUUGUAACUCUUCGGCUUAUCAUGCAGAGUGUGAAUCAGUGACUACACAUGAAGAUGACAUUAGUCGUGUAGUCGUUAAAGUGCGUAUGCGUAAAAAAGAUCGCAUUGCUGCUUUACAAGCGGCCUAUAAUGAGGGAAAUGCAGUUACAGCUGCUAACGUUGCUGGUAAACUGGCAUGUGAAGAAAAUGAGCUAAGUCCCACUUCUAGUGAAUUCAUUAAUAAAUUGGGUGAUAAACCUUUAUUACUUGAUGAUGAAUUGGCUUACAAUUCGGGUGAUUCCACAGAUUCUAAUAAUAAAACCUCUAGUUCUGAUGAGCCCAUACCACAUAAUCCUCUAGAUGCAGUCGAUAAUGCUAAUAAAAUCGUUAAAACUGAUCCCGAGGAAGAAUUGGAUGUUUUUGCUAUGGCUCCUUUUAAAAUGCCUGAGGGACUGCCACUUAAAACUACUUCUCGUAAGAAAUCUUUGGAGGCAGAUAAAGUUAAACCUGCUUUAAAUCCAACUGCAGAAAUAUGGACAUCUACACCAGUUAAAAAUAUGAAGACAACAUUCUCAGAUUUUCAUAUGAACACACCCACAGCCCCAGCAGCCGGAGCAGCUACACUAACGUCUUCACAAACUAUAGAACAUUUAACGCCACUUCAUACAGUAUUGGAUGAGUUCAAUGAACCCGUAUUUAAUCCAUUUGUUAAUCCUAUAAAACCUAAGCCGCAACAGCAACAACAACAGCUACACCACCAGCAACAAUUACAAACUAAUGAUAAAGUAACAAACAGCCAACACAUACAAAGUUCGUCUCAUUAUGGCAUGGUAACAGUUAUCUCCUCAAAUGCAUCAGAGACCUCUGCUCCCAAAGCUGCAACGGCAGUGUCCGCAACUACAGCAGCAACAGAACAGCGCGAUUUAUUUGAUUCUGAGCCGUUUCCUCAGGUAAUUAGUAAAUGUAUUAAUAAUAUUAAACCAGACAUUGUCAGUUGUCAGAAAGGCUAUAAAAACCAUAAUAUUGUACAAGUUAAAACUACCGCUUCCACUUCUACGACCUAUACAACACCAACAAUACAACAUGAAUCUAGGCCCCAACUUGUAACUGUUAAUCACUCUAUUAUAAUUAAUAAAACACCCGAACCGACAUUUUCCACACCACAACAACAACAACACCAGAUUCCUAUAAAUAAGUUUGCUUCACACCAAAAAACGAAUGUGAAUGUUAAUGUUACUCCCUUGGCUACUUAUGUUAAUGUGCCGCCUUUAGCAUCAUCCUGUGUCUUGAGUGGUUCAGCUACUAAAAUACCUAAAACACAAAAUGUAAAUGUGAUUAUUCCUCCUCCCAAUGCUUCUGCAAGGUCUAAACAAAUUGUUGACUUAAAUACUCCGAGCAAUUCCCAGGUUAUGCAAAUUUCUUUAAAUGCCUCCGGGAAGACAACUACCAACUUGCCCGCAGCUAAUGUUACUUGUCAGGCACUACCUCCCCAUUUGUGUGCUUCCCCUGGUAGUGAACAGUCAAUGUUUCCCAUAGCUGAUAAUGCUUUUGUUCAAAUCUCUCAAGAACGUUGCUCGGACUUUACGCCAGACGAUGAAGAGGAGCCAGUUGUUUUGCAUGCUAAACAUAAUGCCGACAUGGAUUCAGCAAAGACAUCAGUCUCCUCCACCAGUCUAUCAAUAGCAAACACACCGGCAGCAGUAGCAGCCCCAGCCACAAAACACAAAGAAAAAAAGAGCCAUCUGGGCGUAAGGACUCUGCCAGCAAAGUUGUCACAAAAAGUUAAAGGAAAUUCCUACAAGAAAGUUUCCGGUGAUAAUCAUCACCAGCAAUUGUCUUCUACCAAUACCGGCCUUACAACAUCUGCUUUAGGUUCAUCAUCGUCUUCGCUAAGUAUGUGCCCCCCCAAACAGAAACACCAACGUUCCAAAUACAAAUCUCACACUGAUGAAUUUGAUGACGAAGAAGAUUACGAAAACAUGUUAUCGUCAUCGAACACUGCAACUAACAACUCUACUACUACACAAACACAAAAACAUUCGAAAUCCUUUUCGGGCUUUAGUAAUAUGUCCUUCGAAGACUUUCCUUCGGAUCAAGAAAUGGACGGAGGUGGUCGUAUGUCUCAGGCUCCUCAGGCCUUACCCUUUGAAGUUGUACGCAAUGAGAAGGCUCUUUUAGAAGCCGAAAAGAAAUUUGGCUCUUUGAAGAGACGCAAUAAUCUAUUCUCCUAGAAAAGAAUUAAACCAGUGACAAAACAGUCAUUGAAACAGGAAUUCAAACAAAUCCUUCAGAAAGUAUUAAAAUCAUCAUCAUCGUCUUCGACGACGACGUCACAUAAUAAAAAGAAAUAAUGUCUUUCUAAAAUCAGUCAAUUAUUAUAUACAGAAAGGUGCUAAAGAUAAAAGCAUUAUUAGUUGAAACUAAUUCUUUAAACUCUGAUUUGAACUCACUUCUUGAUAAUGUAAAGUAAAGGCUAAUAUUUUUUUAAUAUUUAGUCGGAUGAAAUUUUUAACGUAAUCCACAUAUUUGCAAAUUCGAUAUUAUGCUAUAUAAAUUUAAUUUAAUUCAAUUAAUUUUUUGUGUGAAAAGAAUUAAUUUAAAAUUUUCUAAUUCAAUGCAUGAAAAACAGCUGUGAUUUGCAACUGAAAGUCAAUUUGUAACCACAAAAUUUACCAAAUCUAAUUAAUUAUAAUUAGUAACUUUUCCCGAUUUGCUUAAAUAACAGAUAUCGAAUGUGCAUAAUUUAUGUCAAUAACGAUUAAACUAUACAUUCCAAAAUGAUAACUAUUAAAACAAUUUAAAAAUACUUAUUGUAUAAAAACUACUUUUGAAAAUCUCAAAAAAACAAGCGAAUUGCUACAAAGAAAUUUUAAAACUGUUUCUUUUUUUUAAAUCGAACAAAAAGUUUAAAAAUCUCUUUUGCAAGACUGAUGAUGAUCAUAAACACUAUUAAUCCUCCCAAAAAAUGUGUUGUUGUGGCAGCGGAGGCUUUCUUUAAUAUAAAACUAAAAAGAAAUACGAGUAAAAAAAUGCCUUUAGAAUAAUAAAAACUGCAGAAACUUGAAAAAAAAGAAAACAAAAAUCACAAAUCCUAACCUUAAAUAAUAUACUCAAAAAGCUUUUAGAAGACAAAUAAGAAAAAACCAAAAAAAAUAAGAAAUUUAAAAUAAUUACCACAAAUAAUAUUAAAAUAUAUAUUUAUACAAAAUUAUAUUAAAGCAAAAAAAGAAAAAAAAUAAUUAAAAUGUAUACAACACGAACAUUUAAUUUAAAAUUAAUACAAUUAAUUUUAUAAGUAUGGAUAAAAAGAAAGAAAGAAGCCUUAAAAACACUAAAAGUACUAUGCUUAAUAACAAACACAGAACAAACAAAAAAAAACAUAACAAACAGACACACAGUUUUAUACAGUCUUUUAUAGCAGAACUAUUAAAAAAAAUAAAAACUUUUUAAGAAAA